GACAUGCUAAUGCACCUUACAGUGAGGCUGACAUGGAAGAAGAACGCCACGCAAAAGAAACAAAUUAAAAUCAUCGUGGUGGGACCUAACUCUCCUUGAGGACUCUGUUGGACGUAAGUGCUUUAUCAUGGCCAAAUCAGCCCAUCAUAUUCUCCAGGUGUCUUUCUACACCCCAGGCACUGCACUUUAUUUCUUUUUUAAGCAAGUCUCCGGCCCCCUUAGAAAGAAAGUUAUGAAACAAAAUGUGCAGGUACCCUUUUAAGUCAUUUCUGUGAAAUGAACAGGCCUGCCUACUCCCACCUCUGUUUGUAGCAAACAAGUGAAGUCAGAGCUGUGAUUGAUAAAUUAGUUGUUUGGUUCUGCUGUUUCGCCAUCCCCUUUAAUGCACUUUUCCUGCUUCUGUCUUAUUUUCUAGGCAGAAUUAUCGUGUGAAAAUACAAUCAUGGGAAAAACUUCACCAUGAUUGUAUUCUCUCUGAUUUUGCAUUAUGCCAUCCUCCCAUGGCAGUCAUUUUGUGACUGGCGUGCCCCCCCCCGAACUCUCUCAAAAUUUAAGAAGUGCCCCCUGGUCCAAAAUAGUUGGCGACCCCUACUGUACUGAUACUGGUCCCUAGUAAAUCCAUUUUCCUAUUUUUGCUUUCGGGGAAUAUGUUCAGGUUGUUUUUUAGAAGUUGUGUUUGAGUGUCCUGGCAUAUACCAGAAUAUUUCAGGUUUCAGCCUUGUUCCCAGUCUGGAGUUAACCCCCCACCCCCCGAGGUUCAGUGUGUGUGAAUGCAUCUUUGAUUCACAGAGUUGAAAGGGAUUUCAAAUGUUAUAGGUGGCUAUCCAGCUUCUCCUUUAAAAAUCCCUAACAUCUGGAGGCAGUAUUUCCCACUCUUGAACAUCUUAUACCAUCAGGAAAUAUUUCCUAAUGUUUAGCCCAAAUACUCUUUCUUGUAGUUUGUUCCAUAGAAUCAUAGAAUUGUAGAGUUGGGAUGGAUCCUCAGGGUCAUCUAGUCUAACCCCUGUGAUGCAGUAAUCCAUCUUAAGCAUCCCUGACAGAUGGCCAUCCAACCUCUACUUAGAAACCUCCAAUGAAGGAGAGCUGACCACCUUCUGAGGUAAUCCAUUCCACUGUUGAAUGGCUCUUACUAUCAGAAAAUUCUUCCUGGUGCUUAGUCAGAAUCUCCUUUCUUGUCAUUUGAAUCCAUGGUUCAGGCCCUCCCCUCUGGAGCAGGAGAAAAGAAGUUUGCUCCAUCUUCCAUGUGACAUCCCUUCAGAUAGUUGAAGAUGGCAAUCAUAUCACCUCUCAAUCUCCUCUUUUCUAGUUGGUUCUGGUAUUAUUAUUCUUUGGAGCAACAAAUUUGCUUCAUCUUGUUGACAAGACCCAUUCAGAUGUGUGAAGAUGGCUCUCAUUUUGCCUCUUAAUUGCCUCUUCACCAGGCUAAGCAUAACCAACUCCUCCAACCUUUCCACAUAGGCCUCCACAAUUCUACUUUCUUUGCAUCCCAGGUUUUUGGAGGUCUGGACCACUUCUGGCUUUUGAGGCCCCUAGCCAUAAUAAAUGCAGCCACAGAAAACUGAAGGUACAUUAAGGCAAAAUAAGGCACACACACACAAAAGAAAUAAAGGAAAAAGUGAGUCAUAAUUCUUUUCUUUUUUUAACAAUUGAAUUUCAAGUCUUUUUUCUGUGAAAUGCAGUUAUUAAUGAGGAAAGCUCGCUUUCGUACAGCGUCACAGUUGAGGUUAAGCAUAUGACAAAAUCUGUAUCAGUUAACAAAAAAAAAUGUGGUUUUUUUUUACUAGAUUGCAUCUCUUAUUUGCUUAGAUUUGCAGUUCUGAGCUGAGAAUGUGUGUCACAAUUUGAUCUACUGUGGAUAAAAGCAAGUUCUGGAACUUAUCAAAUGCCACAAUGUCCCUUCCGAGCCCGAGUCCCUGCACCACGCUACUGUUGACUUCCUCAUGUCAUCUUUGUGGGCACCUUGAUGCUAGAACAUAGGCACACUACUGCCCACACAGGGACACAAAAAUUCCAUCGUGUAGAUUGCUUACCUCCCACCCCCUUAGCAUAACUGCAUGCCCAGGCGCAAUAUGUGCUUGAUUGUUUAAGUAUUAGGCUUAUAGGCUGCUAUAUCGGAAGGCCCCAAUUUGGUUUUCACACAUUUAUAAGCUUUCUUCUUUCGUUUUCUUUAUCCUGCCCAAACCGGCUUCAAAUGCCUUUUUUCAGGUCCCUUGCAAUUUGGGUUUCCUCUGAAUGGUUUAAUUUGACGGACAGUGCCUCUUCCAAGAUCCUUUUCACCCAAGGCCUACAGUUUCUGGCUGGCCUUGUUGGCCAAGCCAAAAAAUAAAGUCACCAACAUCCAGGUUGCCAAGUCACCCAGCUUUUCCUGAGGCGAAGACCUGAGAGACUAGGAGUGGGCGAUGUUGGGCACCAUUUCCCUAAGAUGCACAGGAUGCUCUCAGGCAGGAAGUAUCCAGCACUCUGAAGAGGCAAGACCAGUAGAGAGGAGGGUUGCCAGUUUAGCCAUGCGUGGCUAGCGCUUUCCAUAUUUGCCAUGCAGCUGCCGAACAGCCCCCAUCCUUCCAGCUUCAGAGCUGGAGGCGGGGAAGGGAUUUGCCAAGCAGCUGCUUGAAUGAUCCUGCUCUCCUCUGUGGCUUCAGAGUCAGGAGGCAGGUUGGCCACUUUCCCUUCUCACUAGGUGACGGCACCAUCCUCGCCAUGGCAAGCGUAUUUGUUGAAGGCCGCUUUUUAACUCCAGCAGCAGCCUUUAAACUUUUCAGAUGUGGGGCCCACUGGUAGCCCAAACAUGCAUUUGCAGACCCAGUUUUUAAUUUUUUCGCCUUAUAUUUGUAGGGUGGUAUUUCUGCUCCCCCAUGAGGUUCCUUGGAUCAGUUUUGGGAGCAAAGAACACUACUGGUUCAUGGCUGAGAGCAAAUUCAGACAUAUCAGGUAGUUCCAGCAGCAGGAGUCAAAGCUGCUUUUAGCUGAGUGCAUCCACAAAAUGUUAUUUGUUAUAUUUUAUCCUGUUUUAAUGUAGCCCAGAUGCGUCUGGAAAGGGGGUUUCUUCUUCUUCUUGUCUUGCAGCUCCCAAAUACACAAAUGGGCCCAUAACCUUACUCUACCUCAUUUCAGUUUCUUCUUCACAUUGGAAACAGCUCCCAGCCAUUUGUGGUGUUUGGGGACCUGCACUACAUUUCCGGCAAUACAGAGAUGGGCACAGGAUUUUGCCUUUUUCUCUUUGCGUGUGCAGCUUUUAUGGACCAGAUACCAGGUAGGAAAGAUGUCUUAUUAGGGGCUAGGAGGUGGGCAGUCCUGAUUUCCUAAGAGGGAGUUGUGUGUCAGGGAGACCCAGGGGUGCCACACUUCAUUUUUUCCAUAUGGCAUGGCCAUCAAAUUAACAUCCUUCUGUAUUUUCCUCGUGGUUCUCCCAUGAGGAAAGGUUAUAGCUUUGGGGACUUUUAAGUUCAGAGAAAAGGGGAGUAAGAGGCAACAUGAGAGGAGUGUAUAAGAUGAUGCAUAGAGAAAGGGGAGAGUGGGAAGUUUUUCCUCCCUCUCUCAUCACGCUUCAACCUGUGGACAUCCAAUGAAGCUGAUUGUUGAAAGAGUCAGGACACAGAAAAGGAAGUCCUUCACAUAGUGCACAGUUAAACUCACUCCCAGAGGAUGCAGGGAUGGCCACAAAUUUGGCUGGCUUUAAAAGAGGAUGAGACAAAUUAAUGGAGAAGCCUAUCAAUGGCUACUAGCCAUGAUGGCUAUGCUCUGCCUCUGAAUAGCAGUUGCUGGAAACCACAGGAGGAGAGAGGGCUCUUGUGCUCAGAUCCUGCUUACAGGUUUUCCACAGUCAUCUGGUUGGCCACUGUGAGAACAGGAUGCUGGACUAAGUGGGGCAUUGGCCUGAUCCAGCAGGUUCUUCUUAUGUCCUUACGGAAUCCUAAAUUUUCCAAGGUCCACAUUUAUGUGUCCCUUCUCCCUGUGCAUGGUGUGGGACUCACUGGUCUGUGUUGUUGCUGGAGGUGAUGUGGGCACUCUUUGAUUCGUUCAUGGUGGGAGCAUGUGCCGUUUCCUCUACACUGACGGCCUGUCUUUCCCUCGCUGUUGCUAAGGGGCAGAACCCAGCGGGAAAGCAACCAGGCUACCCUUGGAUCUUGGCGCGAAGAGUGAUGUGGAGAAAGCCAUGAGAAUAUUUGAGAGGCACCUGAAAGAAGGAUGUGUCUCCGAAAGGAAGGAGCUGAUGAGGUAAGUUCCUAUCUCAGAUACAGAUGUUUCUUUCUCUCAGCAAAUGCUGUACCUGAACAUUAGAUUCCGCAGUGGGAAAGUCCUAACUCCACCCAGACACAACUCAGGCCCCAUCUGCAUGAUACAUUAAAAGCAGUACUGUACCACAGUCAUGACUUCCCCCAGAGAAUCCUGGGUAUUGUAGUUUGUUAAGAAUGCUGAGAAUGUUAGGCCAUCUCUAUUCCUCUCAGACAGCUACAAUUUCCAAAGUGCCCUGAGAAGAAAUGGGGUUGGGGGUUAAACGACUCUGAGGAGAAGGGAAAACAUGACCAGCACCUUAAGCUCUUUUGAGGAAAGGUGUUAGAAGAAUGUAAUGAGAUAAGUAUGUAAAUAAUCCUCACAAUCUGUGCCAGCAUCCAUUGAGGCCCUUGGCAGCUCUGUGUUUCCAAGUGCAACCCUUAAGCAUUUACACGCUUUCUCUCAACAAUUCUCCACUUUCAGAGCCAAAGAAAAUUUGGAGAAGACCCUGCUGCAAACCAGUCUCCUGACAGAGAAUCUCACUGUGGUGCAUGACAAUAUUCAAACAUUAAUAUUCAGGAUAAAUCUUAGCGAUUUCAGAGGCCUGAAUAUCAGCAGCGACAGCUUAAUGGUUAGUAUUUUCCUGCUAUCUUCACACCCUGCUGCUGAUUCUUGCUAUCUAGAAUGAAUACCCAGCAGAGACAUGCAGAGUGGUGAACAUGCUUUGAAAAUGCACCAAGUUUUGACCGGGGCUGUGUACACACUAACCCACCUGUAGCGCAAAGAGGCACUUUUCCCUCAAUCCAGACUCAAGCAUGCUCACCCUCAGUGUGCAAUCCUGCUGCCCACAGUGCUAGGUGUGGUUAUGUGAUACAGGCUUGAAAAUCCUCCCCUUGGUUAGAUUGCCCCUGUCUUUCCCUCCCUGCUCAUCCCCCAGGCGGAGAAGGAAGAAGGAAGUGGCAAUUGCGAUCUUGGUAUAUGUCUACAAUGUCUCUGGGCAGGUGUGGAUGGGCUCCCAUUGCUGGAACCACCUAUAUUUGUGUUCAAAUGACUGAUUUUAAGGAAAGCGGUCAGGACUAGCCCAGGACAUUUUGCUGCUAGAGGCAAAAGCCCCUGCACAGUUCCCCACCUCCUGCUCCUCGCUACCACCUGGCACCCAACACUCGCCACUGCUGGGUGCUCAACAUGGCUGCUCAGUGCGUACUACUUCCUCGACUCUGGCAGCAUGCUCAUGGACAGCAGUGGCCUCCUCCUCUACUCACUCCCAGUGGUGUAGCAUGGGUUGCCAGCCCCCAAGGCUGUGCAGAGGAGGGGACAGUGGGUGGGAGAAAAAUGUGGGAUGUAAAUGCAAUUUUUUAAAAAAUGCAUUGGAAGGUGGUGGACUCUCCUUCCUUGGAGGGAAAUGGACAGAGUACUCAUGUGCAUUCAACUGCCUAACGACGUCCGCAUGACCCAAGAGAUCACAGCCAUAUAGAUAAGAAAAGAAGAGACAUUCCGUUGUCUGGAAAGGUCACUUCCUGGUUUGCAUGGAGAAGUUGUUUUCAACAGAGCCUAGUGAUGGAAGCGCACAGCUGUAUUGAGGCCGCUCCCGGGGGUUGAAAUUUUGCACCCCUUAACAAUUUUGUGCCUGGAGCAACCACCCCUGUGCCCCCCUUGCUACACCACCGCUCCUUCCUUCCUUCCUUCCUUCGAACUCUACAUUUCUAUGAUUCUGCUCUAUUAAUAUUCUCCUACAUUAUUUUCCAUUGUCCUGGCUAGCUUCCUUUCUGCAUGGCUCUUGGUAUGCCAGGAAUGCGAAUAUGUUCACAAAACCAUGCAGAGAAGAACUUCAGUGAAAGGUCAAAGGUGGCCCCAUUUGCUUUCAGUUGGAUGCCAUUCCCAACCGCGGAGAACAUUGUCUGGCUUUGACAGCCUCCAAACAGAUUGCUUUUAAGAAUAUUUGAGCAAGUGAUUUGCUCUGGGCUUUUCUUUAAAUGCUCCUUUUGGAAGUGAAACGAGACCCCAGUGAUGUGUUGCUAUUAUUUCACAGCUUCCCUUCACGUAUGUUCCUUGCUCAUUGGAUGAUGACUCUCCAGUAUGACUGCUCUGUCACUUUUUCAUUAACCUGGCCCCCAGAAUGCAGUCCUGGGUAUUUGUGUCCUGCAGAUCAGGUUCAAGAAUGUGGACAAGUAGCCUCAGUUUGCAAUUAAUUAAUUAAUGGAAAGGAGCCUCAUCACAUGAUCCUCACAGCAACAUGCAACAAGAAAAACAGAUGGCUGCUUUUUAAAUUUUAUUUUAUCCAUAGAUAUACCUUGGGAGGCAGUCGACUCUCCUGCAUUGGAAGUUUUUAAACAGAGGUUGCGUGGCCACAUGUCAGGAAUUCUUAAGCUGUGAUUCCUGCAUUGUGGGGGGUUAGAUGACCCUAGAUGACCCUCAGGGCGCCUUCCAACUCUGCAAUUUUAUGAUUCUAUCAGUUGUGAUGGGUUUCUACCAGUUAUUGAGCACUUAUUUGCCCAGGCAUUCCUUGGUCUUCUGUGCUAGUUCUAACAAGCCCCAGUUCCUGUAGUUACAAAUUUCUGUUUUCAUCGUUCUUACUAUUUAUUGCAAACUGUUUUGACAUUAUUAUUUUUUAAAUGGAGGGUGGCAUAUAAAUACUUUUGAAUGAAAAACAACGCCUUCCAAUGUGUACAUGUCUGUUUCGCUCUGAGCAGCGCAAUACCUCGGCGAAGAACCAAACCCGACAUGCCAUGCAUUUCCCCGCUGAGCUAGCGAAGAAAGCCCAGGGCACAGCUGCAAAGGAGAUGCGGCUCACCUGUAUUUACCUGAAAACAUCUUGCUUCUUCCAGGUAGGCAUUCCCUGGAACUUGAGGUUUGGUUAAUGGGGUGACGGAGGUGGAGACUGGGCCCAGACAGUGGCCACAUACAUUCUGAAAAGGGUCAUGGGAAAGCCAGCCUAAUUUGUGCUACACUGCAGACAUCCACACUUAUCGUUUGCCCUUCUCUUUCCAGGCACAGAUUCAUGCUUAAAAACUCUGUGUCUGAGGGGGGGUUUCUUGUUUUUUGUUUCGCUCCCAACUUUCCCCUCAAAAACCCGCUCUUUAAAGCUCGUCAGAGCUGACUGAGCUUUAAAGAGCGGAUUUUCAUGGGGAAAACUCUGGGGCAAUAAAACUCUGCUGAGACAUGGAACUUUUCAGCUCAGACGGUGCCUACAAAGAGUGGAGGAAAGGUAAGCCAAUUCAUGUGACUCUUUCUGGCUCAUUUUAAUGACUCUCUUAUCUUACAUAUCCUUGCCUCUGACCUCUCCUUGUCUAUCCUUGGCGUCUGAAGAUCACCUGCUCUGUCACUGUAUUCUCUGGCGCCCUACAAAUCCCAUCAGCAACAGUCAACACAGCUGCGGUCCCGAGUGUGUUGGGGAGGGCUUCCCUGUUGACUCCAUCCGCUCUCCCUUGCUGGCUCUUUGUUGCUUUGUUGUUUAGUCGUGUCAGACUCUUUGUGACCCCAUGGACCAGAGCACGCCAGGCACUCCUGUCUUCCACUGCUUCCCGCAGUUUGGUCAAACUCAUGAUGGUAGCUUCGAGAACACUAUCCACCCAUCUCAUCCUCUGUUGUCCCCUUCUUCUUGUGCCCUCAAUCUUCCCCAACAUCAGGGUCUUUUCUAGGGAGUCUUUUCUUCUCAUGAGGUGGCCAAAGUAUUGGAGUCUCAGCUUCAGGAUCUGUCCUUCCAGUGAGCACUCAGGGCUGAAUUCCUUCAGAAUGGAUAGGUUUGAUCUUCUUUCAGUCCAUGGGACUCUCAAGAGUCUCCUCCAACACCAUAAUUCAAAAGCAUCAAUUCUUCGGUGAUCAGCCUUCUUUAUGGUCCAGCUCUCAUUUCUAUACAUCACUACUGGGAAAACAAUAGCUUUAACUAUACGGACCUUUGUUGGCAAGGUGAUGUUUCUGCUUUUUAAGAUGCUGUCUAGGUUUGUCAUUGCUUUUCUCCCAAGAAGCAGGGGUCUUUUAAUUUUGUGGCUGCUGCACCAUCUGCUGGCUCUUACACAAUGUCAACUCUCUCUCUCUUUUUAAUCCUUUACAUCUCUUCUCAAAAUCCCCCUUCCCACAGAAACUUGGGUGCAACUACUGUCACCAUGCCUUGCUGUGACUAAGGUGGUGUAAACAUUGUACCUUCACAGCAUAUUCAAAGCACAUUCUCUUCCCUCAGAGAAUUCUGGGCACUGUAGUUAACCCUUCGCAGUUACAAUUCCCAGCAGCUCUAGCAAACUGCAGUGCCCAGAAUUCUCUGAGGGAAAAGAAUGUCCUUUAAAGGUUUACAGACAGUGACUAUUUUAUGCACCUCCAAUUGAUGCCCAACCACCAAUACGUGGGUCCUUUUGGACCUGGAAGAGGGCAGAAUGGGUGGCCUCACGAGCGUAUGUACAAAGCCUAGGUUUACUUGAAUACCAUGGCAGCCAUCACAAAUGAGCCCCCCUGUUCACCACUGCAUUGGUUUCCUCACACUUCCUUUGUUGUCUCCCUGCCACAGAUUCCCAGCGGCUUCCCACCCUUUUCAUCUUUUCCAUCUGUAAAGGACAAGGGUGGGGAAAGCCAGGUCUGUUGGCAGUAACCACCUUGAGGUGCCUGGAGUGCCUUAAAGCAGCUGUUCCCAAUGGAGUGGACUGCUCUGCUGUUGAUCAGCUCUACUGGCUGAACGGGGGGGGGGGAAUGUGAGGAGGGGUGUUUAAAGACUCCCUCCCCAGUCAUCCCAUGCCAAGUCUUUUUCGCUUUUUAUCUUAUAGGACAGAAAGAACCACUCCUUGCUGAAUGAUGACAUCUUAGGGGCCACCUUUGGGAAUAUCAGCAUUACUCAACUCAGUCAACCGGUGGAGAUCAGGUUUUGGCACAACCAUACGCUGGUGAGUUGUGCUGUGGCCACAGCUGCCACCCAGUAAGCGUUUAUCCUGUGCCGGACUAGUCAGUGUGGUGCCCUCCAGGUUUUGGAAUCACAGUACAGCUGGCGCUGUGCUGUGUUUAUUGUAUGUGUAUGUUUUUAAUAGAACCCCUAUGGUGUUUUUAAUUCUAUUAAUGUUUAUUUGUUUUUCAAUGAUAAAAAGGGUGGGGUAUUAUCAGCGGCGUAGCGUGGGUUGUCAGCACCCAGGGCAAGGCAAGUAAUUUGCGCCCCCUAACCCGGGGCAAGGCAAGUAAUUUGCGCCCCCUAACCCCUAACCUGCCGCUGCUGCCAGCUUCUUCUUGCUGCUGCCUGGUCUGGUCUGGUGUGGUUCUCUCCCGCGCUCAGCGCUGCGCUGGGUGGCCGCUGCACUGUCCCUCCCCCAGAUAGUCCCUCGCUCUCUCUCCGCACCGCACGCCUGGCACCCACCCCCUCCACAGUGGGCGGCGAUCCAGCGGCUCGGAUCGGAUUCGCACAGCCAGCACUGCAGUGAGAGAGAGUGAGUGAGCCAGGUAGGGGCAGAGAGCUGCGAGUGCGAGCGCCCCCCCCAGAUGUUGCGGCCGGUGCGGCCGGCCCCCCCUGCACCCCCCACGCUACGCCACUGGGUAUUAUUAUUAUUAUUUUGCUAUUCUUAUUUAUCUGUGAGCUGCCUUGAAUCCCUGUCAGGGGGAAAGGUGGGUUAUAAAUAAAUCAACAGCAACAACUCCCUGUAAUGCAGGAAUCAGAUUUGUCAGACUCCGCCUCCCAUCAGUCCCAAUAGCCAAUCGGCAGGUAUGAUGAGAACUGCAGGCCAACAGUGCAUGGGAGACACCCCAUUAGCUGCCCCUGCCUUCCUCUUACCAGCUCCUGAGAGAAUGAAGCAAAGCUUUUCUGCAAAAAGCAGUUGGGAGGGCAGUGAGGCUGCAGCUCCAACAUUGCAGCAAAGCAGAGGGGAACCUUCAGCCAGGCUUCCCCACUUGGCCUGUGAGGCUGUUUUGACCCUGCCAUGCCCACUUGCCCUGUACCUGACAUCAAAUGUGGGGCAGCUAAAGGUGUGGCUGGGCCAAAAGGGGGAUUUGAAGGCACCAACAACUGGGGGGGGGGGGCUGCAAAGCCCUGUGCACAGCAUAACAUGCCUGACCUCCAAAACUACAUUGUUCGACCAUACAAGACAGGCUAAUUCAGGGAGAUGUAGCUAUAUUCUGCACCCGCAGUCAGAGGCAGCAAUGCUUCUGGAUUCCAGAGGCUGGAAACUGCUCAUGUGCUCACGUCCUGCUUCUAGGCACCUGGUUCAUCACUAUAAGAACAGGGUGCUGGGCUUAGAUGGGCUACUGGCCUGAUCCAGCAGGCUCCUUAUGUUCCAGUGUUCAUUUACCUGGAUGAUCAAGCCAUGAUCUCCAGUUGCGCUUCACCAAUAGUGUUGUAUUUCUGUAAAUCCUCUAGUCCUUAAUAAUUUUUGAGGAGGGGCAGUUUUGCAGAGGAAGCCCUUCUUCAGAGGAAGGCACAUGCUUCUGGCUUCUCCCUUUUUACAUUCCAAUGCAGGACAUGAGGAACACAGGAGAAAGUUUAAGAGUUGGUUGCUGUGCAAAGCACAGGCCAUGGUUGAGCAUUCCUAUAUUUUAGCUGUAAAGAGGGGGCAAAGAAUAUUAUUAUUAUAUUAUUGUUAUUAUUAUUAGCUCUGUCUGACUGAGGAGGGCAGGAAUUGUGUUGCUGGGCAUCACCAUCUGCCUGACAAGCACUCUUCAGUCGCACUGAAGGAAUUCUGCCCUAGAGGUAGGAAAGUGUUUUCAUCAACUUGUCUCUGUUCCCUUCUAGGCCAAUGCCAGCGUGGCCUGUGUUUUUUGGCUGGAAGGAACAGGUAAGGCCAGAAUUUGCCUCUUAUCCAUCCUCUUCCCUUCCUAUUUCCACACCAGUGGUUUACAAACUAACAAAAGCAGCAUAUAAGCAAGGGAAAGGAACAAAUGCAAGUGGUUUUUUUUUUUUAAAAAAAGCUGUGAUACUGUUGCUGUGAUAAUCCUGAAUGGAACGGUUCACAGGAUUGGAGGCAUCAGCCUUAAUUAGGACCAAAUUAGAGGAGACUCCAUUCACACAAUUAGCCAAUGUGUGAAUGGUUUCUUUUAAAACAACAACAACAACAACAUCAUGGGGAGAUGAAGGUGGGGCCCUGUAAUCCUUUGCCUCUUGCACUGACCCUGAUUUGGAUUUAAAAUCCCCCCCCCCAUUGUUUUGGAAGGAAACCUCUCAUUUGUGCCAGUCGAAAUACCCUCUUUCCCUAAUGCAAAUAGCAGGCAUGGGGUGCCUGACCUCUGAAUUAGGACUACAGUAGGGGACAAAGCCCUCCUCUCCUUUCUGCUAGGGUCCUUCUAUGGAUUCGACACACAUGUGCCCCUCCUUCACAUCCUGCUGCCUGCUUUUUAAAAAAGUAUGCAUGCAAUUGCUUGUUGUGUCAGUGGCCCCUUGUCUAGUUUGGCCCUUGUUCCUGCUGCUUUCUGAGUGUGGUUGGGUUUCUCCCAUUUGGCAGAAGAGGGCAGCAUGGGGAGCUGGAGCCAGGAAGGCUGCACAACUAACAUCAACUGGGAGGGCAUGGUUCUGUGCCAGUGCAACCACCUCACCUACUUUGCUGUCCUUGUGGUAAGUGUGGGGCUCUCUUGUGGCCCAGGUCCUCUCUCUGGGCUGCAACACUUCAGGCAGCUGAUGUGGGGUUGGUGGGGGAGCAGAGACAGGCUCCUAGGACUGACCUUUCCUCCAUGAAAAAAUGUCUCUUGCACCUAGAAAACUAGCCUGUUGGGGAGAAUACAUAUCCGUUUCAUCUUAAUUCCUUCUGUUUUUGUCUUUGCAUCCUCUUCCUUCUCUGCUCAUUCAGCAAAUCUCCCCAACUACUCUGGAUGAAUCUCUGCUGGCUCCUCUGACCUAUAUCACCAACAUAGGCUGCAGUAUCUCUGCUUUUGCAUGCCUGCUCACUAUCUUUUUCUACAUUUUAUCCCGGUAAGUACAGUGCUCCUUCAGUCAAUACCUAAGAAAGUUUCUUCCUGGAUUAAAGGCAGGCAAUAUUUUUAAAAAUAAGAUCUGAUAGUGGUUUAGGAGUGCAUUUUGGUUCCUGUGGUAUAAACGCUUCUGUCAAAUAAGUAGUGCAGGUUUUUGAAACAUUGCAAAUACCUGCAGCACCUGUCUGACCUGACGGAAGAGGGGAUGACUGUGUGGACCAUGAGUAAUGGUCGCUCCUUCAAGCCUCUGAAAAACUAUUGUCUGCUUCCAGCCCCAGAAUAUGAAGAAUAAAAUUAUAGUUGUUUGGGGUUCUUCCAUGCUGGUUUUGGUAGUGUGGGAUUUCAUAGCUGUUUUGAAAACUUCAGCAUCUCUUCAUAAAAUGAUUCUGUAAACAAAUUUAUGGAUACGUGAUUGACAGAAACAUUCCUCUUUGAAAAUAUUAUCCUAGCCUCUGCUUGCCACUAGGGGUAGCUGUUGCGCCAUUGAAAGUAUCUGCAUAACAUUGUACACAUAAUUUGUUGUUGGCAUCGGUCUGUCUCCAGAGUCAGUGGAGUGCGCCUCUGGGGUGAAGUCAAACUGCUGAGUUAGCAGCACUGAACUGUUCUCCCUGGGGCACAAGCCUAGGCAAUGUGUAUGGAGUCCUGGGCUGCCCAGAUGACAAGACCCCCCUGUUGGCUUUGUUGAUGCAGUCCAAAGGAAAGCAGAGCAAUACAUUUGGCACCAGCUUGGUUGCAGGAGUUGCUGGAAGGAGACAUACAAGGCGCCAUCCAACUGUCUUAGGGACUCCACUCUAGAUUUGUGUAGAUGGUUCCCCUCAUAUGCAUGCAAACACUCUCUUUUUAAAAUUUUUGUUUAUUACAUUUAUAUCCCACCCUUCCUCCCAAAGGAAGGACACCUUGAUCAAGAUCUGGUCUGUAGAUUCCUCCUUCUGUAUUUAACUCACCCCAUGAGAUCUAGUAACUUGACCUUUUUUUAAAAAAAAACACCCCUCAAAAUCCUUACGAUUUUAAGACUGCAAUUAUAUGCACACGUUCCCGAGAGUAGGUCUCGUUGAACUCAGGAGAUACACAUCGCAUUCUGCUGUAAAGGAUGCAAAGAUCUCAUGCCUAAAGCCACUUCCACAGCCUUGAGAUCCCAUUAAGUACUAGAAAGAGUAUACCAGCACAGUGUCUGCCCUGUCUUUUACUGAGUCAGCAAAACUCAGUUUACUGAGUCAGCAAAACUCUCCAGUUUAUAUUCCAUUUUAACACCUUUUUGCAGGAAAAUCCAGCAUGAUUCCACAACAAAGAUCCACAUGAACCUUCUGGGAGCCCUCUUCCUUCUCAACGUGUCCUUCCUGGGCAGCAGCUUCCCAGCAUCAGCUAGCCUUUCGUGGCCGUGCACAGCCACAGCCGCUUUCCUCCAUUACUCUCUGCUCUGCUGCCUGACCUGGAUGGCCAUCGAAGGCUUCCACCUCUACCUGCUCGUGAUCCGAGUCUACAACUCAUACAUCAUGCGCUACCUCCUUAAACUGUGUUCAGUUGGCUGGGGUGAGGAUCAAUAUGAUUUUUUUCUGUUAUAUCUUUUUAAUAACCAUCUCUGGUAUGCUUACAAUAGCAAACGAAACAUUAAAACAGCAAUGUGUGCAGGCUUCCCCCAUAAUAUACACCAGGCUUCCUCAACCUCGGCCCUUCAGAUCUUUUUGAGACUACAAUUCCCAUCAUCCCUGACCACUGGUCCUGCUAGCUAGGGAUCAUGGGAGUUGUAGGCCAAAAACAUCCAGAGGGCUGAGGUUGAGGAAGCCUGAUAUACACAUUUGUAUUUGCCUAUGUUGCUUGCUUAUUUAACUUAUAUGCAGAAUUCAUCAUGCGAAAGGCGGGGCUGGAUGAAUCCCAAGCCGGAAUUAAGACUGCCGGAAGAAAUAUCAACAACCUCAGAUAUGCAGAUGACACAACCUUGAUGGCAGAAAGUGAGGAGGAAUUAAAGAACCUUUUAAUGAGGGUGAAAGAGGAGAGCGCAAAAUAUGGUCUGAAGCUCAACAUCAAAAAAACGAAGAUCAUGGCCACUGGGCCCAUCACCUCCUGGCAAAUAGAAGGGGAAGAAAUGGAAACAGUGAGAGAUUUUACUUUCUUGGGCUCCAUGAUCACUGCAGAUGGUGACAGCAGUCACGAAAUUAAAAGACGCCUGCUCCUUGGGAGAAAGGCGAUGGCAAACCUAGACAGCAUCUUAAAAAGCAGAGACAUCACCUUGCCAACAAAGGUCCGUAUAGUUAAAGCCAUGGUUUUCCCAGUAGUGAUGUAUGGAAGUGAGAGCUGGACCAUAAAGAAGGCUGAUCGCCGAAGAAUUGAUGCUUUUGAAUUAUGGUGCUGGAGGAGACUCUUGAGAGUCCCAUGGACUGCAAGAAGAUCAAACGCAUCCAUUCUUAAGGAAAUUAGCCCUGAGUGCUCACUGGAAGGACAGAUCGUGAAGCUGAGGCUCCAAUACUUUGGCCACCUCAUGAGAAAAGAAGACUCCCUGGAAAAGACCCUGAUGUUGGGAAAGAUUGAGGGCACAAGGAGAAGGGGACGACAGAGAACGAGAUGGUUGGACAGUGUUCUCGAAGCUACAAACAUGAGUCUGACCAAACUGCGGGAGACAGUGGAAGACAGAAGUGCCUGGCGUGCUCUGGUCCAUGGGGUCACGAAGAGUCGGACACGACCAAACGACUAAACAACAACAACAACAAAUGUUGCUUGGAGAACUGGAUCACAAAAUUCAAAGAAGUGCAAAUUUUGAAGUCUUGCUGUGUUUCAGCUUGUGCAUUGCUUAAGGAAGUGUGAAUUAGGUAGGUUUGCAGAAAAAAUGAGAACCUAUUAAUUUUUGCCCUGUGCUUCCCUGAACAUAAAAUCUGGGCAUGACCUUCUGCUUUGCAUUCGACUGAAGCGUCUAGGCCUGCACUAGGCGGCCCCUUUCUUGUUUAAGGUGGCAGCUUGAGGACGGAAAUCUAUGCCACACCUACAAGGAAGAUUUAGCAUUUUACCCUAGAAUACACUUUUUGAAUGCCUUUUGUCCUAAAACACACUUAAAAAGAGAGAAAAAAACCACAUUUUAACCUCAAGUAUUAAUUUUGGUGUAUUGUUUGAGGCAAGAACUGCCUCAUAAAAUUCAGAGAGGUGUGAAAACUGAAGGAUAACCGUGUAUUAGUCUGGAAAGUGUGGAUCAGGUUGGCUGAGUUAACUCCUUCAUCCUUGGUUUACCCAGAGAUACUCUGGCAUAUAACUCCUCCAUCCUGACUUAGCUGGCACCCAGCUGGCUGAGCGGAGCCUACCAGGUCUUAAGCCGGGACAAUUACCAGCCCUGCUACAACAUACAGUGUUGCCAGAUUCUCCACAGCAGUGUUCAAAAUUCAUCGGAUGAUGAUCUGAGCCACAAACUAGAUUUAGUGAACACUCACAUCAGAGUGCUCUCUAAAUUGAAAGCUGUAGUCUUUUAUAUACUAACCUUUCAUGUUCUUCCACAUCUUGUUUAAUGCUCCUAGCCCUUCUUUUAGAGUCUUUUAGUUUCGUUUAGAUUCUUAUCGUCUUUUAAAUAUACCUUCUGUUUUAAUACUUUUUAGAUUUAAUACUUUUUAGAUUUCCCCAUCCUACCUAUGCAGGUCUAUGACCAUAAUAAAGAUUUGAUUGAUUGAGCUGGCACAAGCGUUCUGUGGGUGUAGCAAGGGCGUGGCCAGAGGGGUGGGAGACUUAGGCUGGAUCCUAAGCCCAUUCAUCUCGGCCACAUGACCUGGCAACUCCAUGUACUGUAUGUUAAACCAGCAGAAAGGGUGGUGUAACCCAAACACUAUUUUCAAGGCUUGUUUCCCCCACCCAGCAUUAGCCCUGCUGCUGAGCAGAGUUUGGAUCUGGUGUAACUUUAGGCUGGUUUAACUUACAUUGGCCUUGAGCAUCUCUUAUGGCUACAGACAUUGAAAUGACAUUAUUUAUUCCGGGCAUAGGCUGUGUAGCAGGAGAUCUGGAUAGGCUUGAGCUCUGUAGAACAUGCAACGAGUGUGCCUUUUAUCUUGUAUGUGUGGUUGUGCUUAGGACGGUAGUGCUCAUGAAUCUUCUUUGUGCCUUUACCACUGUGCAUUCUUGGAUCCAACAGGGUUCCCUGGCUUAGCAGUGGUGAUCAUCUUCCUGAGCAACAGCCAAAUUUAUGGCCGCUAUGGUAUCAAAACCAGCUCUGCUCACCGCAACAGUACCAUGUGAGUUUCGGGGGGGGGCGGGGUGGACCAAUGGUCUUGGUAGCAAAUUAUUUCAUUAUGUGGGCAUUGUUGAUUUAUGUAGUGCCAUCAGUGAGUGGGACGCUUUAUUUCAGGGGUCAGCAAACGUUUUCACCAGGGGGCUGGUCCACUGUCCCUCAGACCUUGUGGGGGGCUGGACUAUAUUUUGGAGGGGGGGAGAACGAAUUCCUAUGCCCCACAAAUAACCCAGAGAUGCAUUUUAAAUAAAAGGGCACAUUCUACUCAUGUAAAAACAUGCUGAUUCCUGGAACGUCCGUGGGCCGGACUUAGAAGGCGAUUGGGCUGGAUCCAGCCCCCGGGCCUUAGUUUGCCUACCCAUUCUUUAUUUAGUAACACCAGGUUUCUGCCUCACAAAGCUUACAAUCUGAGAGGAAGUGAUGAGGAGAGGGAAGGGAGAAGCAAAAGUGAUGGAAUUCAUGUGAGUAAAUAUAGCAGUCUUAUCCUACUUGGGGGUUUCCAGCUAUCAUUCCCAGCCACAUAUCUAGUGGGGAAAUGCAGUUAUGGGCACUUAGGCUUAGUUUCACUUGCAGUGCCUCUGUGGUGAUCCUCCCCUGCUGCUCUGCCCCCCCCCCACAAAUCUCCAGGUUCAGGAGGAGGGCUGGAGCUCAUCUGCACUUUAGAGCCUCUGUCAGCACCUACCUCAGUUGUGCAGUUGUUGCAGUAUGUGCCUGAACCCACCCCUACAAGAGCUUUGGGGUCUUUUUUUGGAGUUAUGAUGUCCAUCCUUUUAUGAAUAUGUGUCUGCCCUUGACUCUAUGCCCACAAGAAGAUUUUACAAACAAAGGAAUAAAGAAAGAACGAAUGAAAGUGACAGAAUAUAUAAGUGCUGCUUGUGACGGCAAAAUUGCAAUUUAAGCAGGCAGCAGAUCCCACAGCAACAUGCACAUACCUUGAUCUAAAGAGUGGAAAAAUCCCUAACCAUUUUCAAUGUGGGCCUGGCAAUUUUGCCAGAGAACCCAUACUAAUAGUAAGUUAAGCAAUAGUGUUUUGUUUUGUUUUGUUUUUUGUUUUGUUUGUGUGUAUGUGUAGAGAGAGAGUGAGCAAGAGAGAAAGAAAAGAGGAUACCUGUCCUUAAGCAUGUGUGCGUUCGUUCCUUGUGUGUGCUGAAUAAAGAUCCUAAUUCGAACUAGGAGAGCCAUGAUAGCCAGCUAACUACUGAAAAUAUGGAGUCCCUCCCAUCUUCCAUUAUAUAUCAUUGUUGCGGCAUCCUUUAUGGUGCCCCUGAGGCUCUGUGCCCAGUUGUGACUGAAACGGUUGCACUCCCCUAAAUCUGCUUCUUCUCAGCCCUACCUGGAGAUACUGGGGUUUGAACACAGGACCUUCUGCACUGUGGCCUCCUCCUGUGAGGGCUGUGGGAUGCGUUGGGGCUAAUCUCCUCUUGUAUUCUCUCCCCCCACCCAUAUGAAAAGAAGAAAGAGAAUCUGGAAGUGUCUCAUUGAGUUCUCUCCUCCUGCAGGUGCUGGAUCACUUCUCCCACAGUGCAUUACUUCAACCUGAUUUACUGCAGUGGCACCAUAGUCUUCAAUAUGGCUGUCUUGACCUUGGUGGUUUGGAGGCUCAGGCAGCUCCGAGCCAGUCCUCGGCAGUGGAAAGAGCAUUCCUGUAAGGACAUGGUGACCGUUCUUGGGCUGACUUGCCUCCUGGGUGCCACCUGGGCGUCGGUUUUCUUCUCCUUCGGGGUGCUCUCGGUCCCGCAGAUCUUCCUGUUCACUGUCCUCAACUCACUUCAAGGUUUGUGAGCUCAGCAUGUUGCUGGGAGCCAAUGCUUCUCUCCCUUAACGCUUUCCAAUUUGCAGCCCCUCCAAGCCUACUGAAGCUGCUCUCUUUGCUCACAGGGCUUUUCAUCUGCCUCUGGUACUGCACCUUGAGGUCCCAUUCGCAGGACAACAUCUCAACAACGGGCUCUCGUUUAUCUCGUUCGUCUCAGUGACUGCAGCAUCGCAUGACUGGCGAAGCCUUGGAACAAAAGAAUGCCCAAAUUCUGGAAAUUUAUUGGGUGUUGCCUUCCCAAAGGGAAUCUUCAUAGGAGGAGGAAGGAAGGCGAGUAUAUGCAUGUGGUCUAAAUCAGGGAUUGGGAAUCUGUUGCCCUCUAGAUGUUGUUGGACUCCAACUCCCAUGAGCCUCAGCCAGCAUGGCCAAUGUCAAGGAUGAUGGAACUUGUAGUCCAGAAACAGAAAGCCAGAGUGGUGUAGUGGUCAGUGUGCUGGACAAGGACCUGGGAGAACCAGGGUUCAAAUCUCCACUCAGUCAUGAAGCUCACUGGGUGACCUCGGGCUGAUCACUGCCCCUCAGCCUAACCUACCUCACGGGGUUGUUGUGAGGAGAAAAUGGCGAGGAGAAGUAAGUGCACGACCUUGAACUCCUUGCAGGAAAGGUGAGAUAAAUACAUAAUCGAUAAAUACCUGGAGAGUCACAGUUUCUCAAUCCCUGAUCUAAAUCCUACAUAGCUGCAGGGGAAACUUGUCUUGGCGCUCACUGUCAGCUGAAGAAUUCAGACUCAAAGCUUGGUUUCCACCAAAGAAACUUAAAUCAGAGUGGUACAAAAUCAAGGCAACAGUUGAAAGGUACAGUAGUUAUGCAAAAGGAUUAGAAAUAUGGGUAAGCACAUGCUUAAGAUGUUGAUCCAACAAGUGACAUGGCCCCUGCACCAAGUUUUUGAAGGACGGGGUGGGCACAGUCUUUAGCAUGGCAAACAGGUGGAGUCUCAAGACCAGGCAAGCAAACAGGCAUUCCUCCGGGUGGCUUGAGCCCAUGGGGCAGAAAUGACACAUCUCUGGUUUAGUGGAUGAAGCAGCAGAGGGUCAGGUACAAAUCCAUCCCCAUCCACACUGUGAGAGUAAAAGGAUGGUCAUUGCAUACAGCUGUUAUAAGACACCGAUCUGCAGGCACACCAUGUCUGCUUCAUGACCUUUUUCCUCUUCACCCCUCUCUGAACUGCAAUGAACCUAUGCACAAAUGUCAUCUUUUCCAGCAACACAAACUUAUUUGCAGAGUGUUGGGGUUGUCUCAUGAGUCUGGGCCAUUGCACAGGCAAGAUGCAUCAGAGUCACUGAAGCAUUUCCUAUCCUCAGAGCUCAUUCCUGUAAAUUUCUUACCCAAUGAAGUUAGUGUUGACAUUGUUGAAUACAUGCUCCAGUGUGCUGGCAGGAAAUGUCAAAUGGCAGAAAGACGAGAUUUUGAAGGCUGAUACUCUGCAACCUGGUAUGGGGUGCUACUGAAAAACGGUCAACACAGAAAAAACAAUGUGUUUGUUUGCUGAAUCCCAUAUUGUACUCACCACAUCAGACUUCCACCCUCCAACUUGUAGCAUGCUUCUCUCUCUUUGUCCUACCUGUAUGUAGGAUUUGCAGACAGGCAGCAUCCUUAUAUAGGACUGGAGAGGGUGGCAAGCCUGAGGCCACCUUGGGAGUUCACAGCAAAGGUGAGAUCUGAAUGAAGGACAUCCUCAUUUGCAGCCUGGAGAGCCUGGUCUGACUCUGUAUAAGGCAGAUUCCUAUGUUCCUAUAGGAAAGAUUUGCCACGAUUGCCAAAAAGUAAACCAUCUAGCUGAAGGCUGCACUGCAGAUAAUGUGUAGACUUCAACUUCUGUGCCUACUGUGAGUUGGGCAGUUUUCUUAUCUCUGCUUACUUUUAUAUCCGACUUGACUUCCUUUCGUUCCUUGUCUGCUCUAUUAGUGAUAUCAGCAAAAAUGUUCUCACUUCAAACUUCCAGUAAAGCAAAACAAUUGCUAUGUAAGCUAAUUUAAAAGGACAAACCUAUUUUAGUAACUUCUUGAAAUCUUCUUACAAUUUUUGUAAUCUUCCAGUAUAUUUGAGGAAGUAACUCUCAUGCUCAUUGUGUGCCAACUAUUGUAUAAAUGUUUUGCACUUUGUACAAUGUUCAGAGCACCAAUGGCACAGAUGUUCAAGGUGACUCUCCUGAUAUGCAUUUCAGAAAAAUAAAGUGAUGCCGCUGGCAUAUGUUUCAAAUGAU